AGAGAGAGAGCGAAAGAGCGAGAGAGAGAGCGAGAUGGAUUUUUUUGAGUUUAGUAUACCGGUGUAGUUCGGUUUGACAGUGCCGUGUGUAUGUGUGUAUGUGUGUAUGCGUGUGUAUGUGGGUAUAACGGCGCAGUGUCAUAUUGGACAGAGGAACCACACACAUAAUUGCAACCCGCGACGCCAGCGACAAGCAGUCAGGAUGAGCUGAGAAGAGCUCCCAGCUGUCCGUUGAGGAUCGACCGACCAGAUACAUGCUGCUGGUCUGUGUACGACCAACACAGUACACCGCGACCACCACAGUGUAGCCGAUCCGCCAUGGCGGAGCCGAGCAGAAUGCUAGCGCUGCUGUGGCUGUCGCUGCUGUUCCUGGCCAGGCAGUCGGCACUCUGGGCCUUCCCCUUCGGCCCGUCCCUGGACGUGGACGUUACCCCCAGAACCACCGUCUACUCCAAAGGUGUCCUAGGCCGCCAGCGCUUCACAGGCUCGGUGCAGAACUACAGCACCCUGCUGCUGGACGAGGGGGCCGGCCUGCUCUACGUGGGGGGCAGGGGGGCCAUCUACGCCCUGGACACCGCCAACAUCUCUGCACCGGCCAACGCUACGAUUGACUGGGAGGCCUCGGCAGAGCAGAAGAAGCAGUGUCUGAACAAAGGCAAAGACAAUCAGACAGAGUGCUACAAUCACAUCCGCUUCCUGGAGCACUACAACAGCACCCACCUGUACGUGUGUGGGACCCACGCCUUCAGGCCCCUGUGUGCCUACAUCGAUACAGAGCAUUUCAACUUCUCGUCAGGCCUGGAGGAAGGCAGAGACAGGUGUCCGUACGAUCCUGCCAAGGGCUUCACGGGCCUCCUCAUAGAGGGGGAGAUGUUCACGGCGUCGCAGUAUGAGUUCCGCAGCUCUCCGGACGUGCGGCGGAACUUUCCGCUGCCCGCCCUCCGGACGGAAGAGGCGCCGACGCGGUGGCUGCUGGAGGCGGACUUCGUUGGCUCGGCGCUGCUGAAGGAGCACGUGAACAGCUCCAUCGGUGACGACGACAAGAUCUACUUCUUCUUCACGGAGCGAAGCCAGGAGCUCACGGCCUACCCCAGCCAGACCAGGGUGGCCCGCGUGGCCCGCGUCUGUAAGAGCGACUGGGGCGGUCAGCGGACCCUCCAGAAGAGGUGGACUUCCUUCCUGAAGGCCCGGAUGGUCUGCUCCGUGCCCGACUACGAGCUCCACCUCAACAUCAUGCGGAGCGUCUUCGUCCUGCAGGAGGCCGACGCCCACUCCUCCGUCUUCUACGGCGUCUUCGGCCUGGAAUGGAAGAACAUCAAGGCGUCGGCCAUCUGCCAGUACUCCUUCGCAGAUGUGCAGUCGGCCUUCGACGGGCCCUACAUGGAGGUCCUGGACUCGAAGUGGAGGGAAUACACCGGGAAGGUUCCGGAACCAAGACCCGGCUCUUGCAUAACGGACGUGCACAGAUCCCAGGGCAUCAACUCAUCCCGGGACCUGCCUGACAGCGUCCUCACCUUCGCUCGACGGCACCCCCUGGUGGCCGGCCAGGUGCAUCCUGUGGGUGCGCGACCUCUGAUGUUCAAGAGGAACGUCAAUUACGUCAAGAUUGCUGUGCACAAAGUGACGGCGCUGGACGGAGACGUCUAUCCCGUGUUCUUCUUAGGAACCGAUCACGGUUGGCUGCACAGAGCUGUAGACAUCGCUGGAGAAAUGCACAUCAUUGAGGAGCUGCAGCUGUUUGAUAAGCCUCAGCCCAUAGAGAGCCUAGUCCUAUCCCCAAUCAUGCGAAGCGUGUUCGUGGGCUCCUACUCCGCCGUGGUGCACGUACCCAUGGCAACCUGCCGGAGGUACACCUCCUGCUACGACUGCGUCUUCGCCCGGGACCCCUUCUGCGCCUGGGACAGGAAGAGCUGUGUGGAGAUAAGGCCGCACGGCCAGAGGUCGAACCUGACCCAGGAUAUUAUCAGAGGAACCAGGGGCUGCAGGAACAGCACAGGAUACGUGGCCCAGCGGGGGCGCUCCGUCAUGGCGGGCGACGACGUCCUCCUGCAGUGCGAGCUGCACUCCAACCUGGCCACGCCCCGCUGGACGCUCAACGGGCGCGAGCUGCAGGGCUACAGCCUGACCGGCGGCUACCGCGUGGGCACCGACGGCCUGCUGAUCGUGGGCGCCCGCCCAGCGCAGGGCGGCACCUACCGCUGCUUCGCCGUGGAGAACGCCAUCUGGGUGCCCGUGCGCCAGUACUCCGUCCGCGUGCACACCGACCCCGGUCUCCACGGCGACAACGCCGACACCACGGGCACCCCGCCGACCCCGUCGCCGACGCCGGACCCCACGGAGUCCCCCGUCGCCACGGGCGGCCCCACCGAGCGCCCGCUGCCCUCCCCCCCCGCCCCGCUGCCCUCGGCGUCCGGGACGGGGGGCACGUACCGCCACAUGGAGGCGGUGUACGUCUCCCUGGUGGCCGUGCUGGGCGGGCUGUGCCUGGUGCUCACCGUGGUGCUGCUGUACGUCAGCUGCUGCACGGCCGCCGGCAACCGCCGCCGCCGCCGCGCCCGCGCCCGCAAGUUCUCCCAGCAGGGGCUGCAGAUCCUGGGCGAGACGGAGGGGCCGCGGCGGCGGGGCAGCUCGCCCCUGGAGCUGCGCACCAUCUCGGGCCACUGCAACGGGCGGCUGGGCGCCCGGCACUCCGACUCGCUGUCCAGCCUGGACGACCCCAUGGACGGCUUCCUGCAGAUCGUGGCGGGCGGCCAGGGCUGCGGGCUGGUGUCGCCGUGCGAGACGCCGCCCGCGGCCCCGCCCUUGCCCCCGUCGGCGCACUCGGCGCCGACGCCGCCGCCGCCGCCGCCCGAGUUCGCCAACGGGCUGUCGGGCACGCUGCCGUCGGUGCUGCGCAAGAUGAACGGGAACAGCUACGUGCUGCUGCGGCAGGUGGACCAGGAGGGCACGUCGCCGCUCUACCACUCCUUCACCGAGGAGCUCAACCGCAUCCUGGAGCAGAGGAAGCACACGCAGCUGGACGUGCUGCCCGACGAGAGCUCCAUUUAGGCUCCGCCUCCGUCCCCCCUCGCAGUUUAGGCGCCGCCGUUUGUCGAUUUAUGAUUUAUCCCCCGAGAGUGACCCCUUGUGGCAGGGAGGACUAGCUGGGGUUAAACGAGAGGGUUGCUGAUGCUGUUGUCGCUUCUAUAGUGUUACUGUCCAUGUGGGCUUGGUCUGAACUGGAAUAUCCCGUCCCUCCCCCCUGCUGUGACUCUUGCUGCCCGUGUAUUUCAGUCCACACUGGAGGAUCCUUAACUUAAUUUACAUUGAGAAGAAAAGCUGUGAAACACAUGUGGGACACCGGCCUGACGGUAACGCGUGAAAUGGCCUCAUUGAGUCACACUAAGGCAACGAGGAUGCAAGUUGAAACGAUCCUACCUCAGCAGGGAGUGGGAAACGGAUCAGUGACUCAAAGACCCUUGGAAAGACCUAGGUGCCUUUGAGCAAGACACCGCUCUUUGCCUGUUGCCGGUUAACCGAUGAUCUCUCUGAAAUCCUUCGAGAGCGGUGCGAUGCGUGGUUGAGUGGGUGUAUCAGAGGCACGUUUCACUCUUAAGUGGCCAAAAUAGCUUGGAAAGCGGAACUACGGAAUUCAAAUGUAUCAUCUGUGUACAGUUUGAAACAGUCCAAACCAAAUGGGAGAUGGGAUCGUUUAUUUUAAGAGACACUCAGAGAUUCAGAGGAACCCGCUCCAUUGAAGCACAGCUUGUUAGACGAAUAUUACUUUAAGACAGGCAUAUUUUAAACCACCUUUGUGUAUAGAACUGGUGUAUAUAUAGCAUAACUGUUAUAGCAAAUAGUAGCGGUGCGAUUGGUCCGAAUGGUAGCAAAAUCAAAACUACUUUUAUUUUUUUCUACUGACCUGGUUCUCGUCGGAUUUCUCUGAGUGAGUGGGAGGAGGACUGUCCUAUUAGCAGCGGUAGUCCAUCAUGUGGAACAGGGUCGGGUUAAUUAUUAAUCAAUGACACCUGCUGACACCGUGCUGCUGCAGGGAGCUCCUGGGGUCACAGAGUUGUCUCUGGUGAGUGGAGCGGAGAAGAUCAGGACGGGUCACUGAUACAUUCGUCUUUUGGGAUGCGUCAUUGUGACGCACCUCACCUCACCUUCCCUUUCAACCCUUUUUUAAAGCUGUUGUUAACAGAGUGACCGAUACUCAUCCAUAAACUGUCUCAAGUCACAUUUUGCCGUUAAAAAAAUGUGCAGCGUUUAAAAAAAUGCUAAAAAAAUAACCCCAAGAGAAACAACGGCAGAUUAGUGUGUUUUGUGUUCCUUGCCAUGACCAUCCGAUGCUGGCGACAUGCCCAAAGCUACAUGUCCAAAGUAAAGGACCUUCACACUGACGAACCUGCGUCAUGGCAACCCAGUCCCCCCCCUCCCCCCAAAUGCCCUCAGCCUUUAUCUGACGUCAGUGCAGUACUAAAAGAACCAUCACCUUUUGGAAAGGGCUCACCGAAUGACCUUGGUGUGGAAGGACCGUAAUGGCUUUACAUCUGUACUAAUUAGCUUUAAAAGGAGUGUAACCUUGCACUUGAGGAGCCCGCCAUUACAGGGCUGUCCUGGCCGUUGGCGGAUCGAUGGGGUGCGUGUGUGUUCCUCUUGUUGAGUCAGCGCCGGUGGGUUCCCUGGAGGCUCCCGGCACCCGGGUUGUGUGUCCGUCACGACACGAGCGACAGCAGAAGCUUGUCCCCUGGCUGGCCGCUGAAAGAGAGAGACAGCAGGAGAGAGGGGUAGAGAGAGGGAGGACAGGAGAUUGAAAGCAGCGAGCGUGUUAGAUUAAUGGGGUGAGGCACCAGGGAUAACAUACCGGCCCUGUUUGAUAACAGUUGGCAGACCCAGAGGAUCCUUCAUUGAUUCGGUGUCUGUCCCCGGGGAUGUGGCGUCCGAUCUGAAUCUGGUCCAAUUGGAGGCACCAGGUGGAUCAAAGCUGACCGAUCUUCCUAACCUUUCUCUCACCCUCUCUCUCUCUCCCUCUCAUCUGUCUCACCCUCUCUCUCUCUCUCUCUCUCUCUCUCUCUCUCUCUCUCUCUCUCUCUCUCUCUCUCUCUCUCUCUCUCUCUCUCUCUCCAUCUCUCACCCUCACUCUAUCUUUCCCAUACCCUAACUCUCUCACCCUGUCUCUCUCACCCAGUCUCUCUCAGCCUGUCUCUCUCACCGGCAGUCUCUCUCUCUCUCGAACACCCUCUCAUCAUCUCUCUCUCUCCCCCCUUUUCUCUCCAUUGUAACCUGCCUGCCAUCUCUCAAGGUUUCCACUAUUAGCUCACAAAUUGCUAGGAUAGCCACUAAUCAAUUAGAAGUGCUCUUCCUUCUCCCCAAAGAGCUCCUGUCUUGUGCUGCUUGUAAUUUGCGAUGAGAAGGAUUAUGGGAUGCGGGUUCCUGCUAGUGCUGCUGGAUUAGCAUUUAAACGUUUGGUUUACGAGCCAAAGACUUGUGAUUUAUCACACACACACACACACACACACACACACACACACACACACACACACACACACACACACACACACACACACACACACACACACACACACACACACACACACACACACACACACACACAAACACACACACACUCUGUUUGUUUGACUGUGUGAUUUGCUGGUUUGGUUAAUUAGGACCAAGGUAUGAGUCCAGAGGUGAAGUAGACCUGCUAUUUGAUUAAUUAUGGGCAAACCAAUAGUUGUUUGCUGUCUUUUCAUAGAUAUUCCGGCUCUUCCAGUGAAUGGAAAACACAACAGGAAUAUUCUCUUUUCAUCACUCUGAAGGACUCUGUUUACAACCGGCAUGGAAACAGGACGUGAUAUUGUGUGUUCUCCUGUGGUCAGAAAGAUCAACGGAAAGCAUCCUUCCCUUCUGUUUCUCUCCGUACACAAAGACGCGUCCGGCUCCCCGUCGACGGAGGUCCACAAUAGGCCCACGGACCGUGCUGAGAACCGCCAACCCUGGAAGAAACAGCCUUGGAUCGUGUGGCCAAAGAAACUGCCGUUUUCACAAGAGACGUCACGAUUUGCACUUUUGUUGAAACAACUUUAACGCGGUUUUACCUUUUCGUAAACGACAACAAUCUUAGCUGACUGUGUAUAGUAUUGGUAUUAUUUUGAAAUGUAAGCCUGCGUACUAUACAAUAGCUUAAGAUAACAGUUACUACCUAUUUGUAAUUUAUAUACAAUGUUAUAUUUAUUUCCAUAUAUAUUUCAUUCCCGCUGUCCUUUGCACAGGCAUGAACCACUUUGCAUCAUCUUGCGAGAAAAAGGAAACGUAAUCAUUUUCAGUGUCGGUAGCCCUGAGGGAAUUUCCCAGGAAACAUGUUCACACACACAUGGAUCCGAUUCUGUCGGCUCACACUGCCGGUACACGGGGGGAGAAGGUGGGUUGUCACAGGCCCUUCUGCCCCUGCCUAUCGCUCCUGAACCCCCUGGAGCCAAUCGGUCACCCAUUCGAUUUGAUUAAAUUCAAUUCAAUUAAAUUAAUACAGCCAGUUAUCACAUGUAUAGUCUAAAAGGGCUUAACAGGCCUUAUAUAUUUAUGACGGCUUUUAUGACAAAAUUCGAUGAGAUUUAAAAAAAUAUAUAUAGAUCUAUAAAAAGCAGUGACAACAACUAAAAAACACAUGGAGGAGGCUCCAGAAAAUGAGUUAAUUCUAGCGCAAGGUCUCUUAGGUAGUAGCUAAGCAACAGCAUCUCUGUUCAGAGAGUGUUGCAACGCUAGUGGCCUGCCACAUGCUGUCAUUUAGCAUCAAGGAGCUUGGUUGUGAUGUGUUGUGAUGCUUGAUGUUGCUGGUAUAUCAAUUUUCCCAAGGGAAAAACUUGGGACGGUUUUUAGUGCGAGAUAAUUUGAUACAAAACAACAAAAAACGGAAUAAAUAUUUUCAUAUUGACGCCAUGGUUGUUCAUGCCUUGGUGGGCUUUUCUAUGGUAUAUUUUGCUCAAGAUGGUUGUCCCUUUUCAGAUCGUGACGCUCAAAAAAUGUAUUUUCUACUUUUCCCAGUCCAGCUGUUUCUCUUUCUAUGCUGUAUUAAAGUUGGUCUACUGAUGAAUCAAUUCAGUAGGAAGCUGGCAGCUCUGUGGCCAUUAAUUAUCCAACAAGGUCCCCAUAACCACUCUCUCCCUCACACACACACACACACACACACACACACACACACACACACACACACACACACACACACACACACACACACACACACACACACACACACACACACACACACAAACACAGGGUGCUGUUGGAAAUCAACACAGUACCACUGCUGCAGCUGUGUAAAGUCCCCUUGUUCUAGACUGUCAUGGUUCCCCGCUCUCCUCCUAGACAGUCAUCGCACACUCUCGCUGCCCUCUGCAGAAAUCUAUUUUUCACAGCUGCUCCACCAUCUCCAACUGAGACGGAUUCUUCAUACCAGUCGGGCUGGAAGCCAUCCCUCAUCAGAACGCGAAGGAAUCGCCCCAGUCAUCACUAAAAUCCAUUCCCCAGCGUUGCAACACUUCACUCAUCUGUAUUCCUGACGAGCAUGUGCUUACUUGGUAUUCUAGCCUGGUUGGCGCCACACACACACACACACACACACACACACACACACACACACACACACACACACACACACAGGAAGGGUGAAACGAGGGCAGAUGCGUGCAGCAUUCUGUCCAAACGAUGAUGGAUUGAAGUCCUCUUUAUUUUUAGAUUUGGAAAAUAGCAAAGAGCAGAGAGCUGCUUUGUUUGUUCAACCAUCCUGGGGCAAACUGGCCCAAUCAACUCCUGGGGGUCGAGGGGGGGGGGGGGGAAGGCAGUGAGGUUAGGGAGGGGGAGGGAGAGAUUGCCCUUCCAAGCAUCAGGAAGGUCGACUGGUCAAUCAGCUGUCGCCGAUCAUUUGAAUGUGUGGGUAAUGUUUCAUUAGUUGUGCAUACCUAACCCAAAUUGGAAGUGUUAAAAGUGUAUCAUUGUCUAUAUCUGCCAAAUAAGAAUAAACAAAAAUGUCCAUAUC